GGGCGCGCUGGGGCUGCCGUGUUGUCAAGGAGACGACUCAAAACAACAGGCGCAGUUUCACAGCAAUGGCUACAAGUGUCCCGACUGUGCCUGGAGAAAACCCACAGCAGCGGAUGAACGCUGUCCUGUGAAGAGCGGGAGAGAGCUUGAGCUUUUCCUGUCCGCCCAUGUCUGACCGAAACUCACGUUUUCUGAGCGCUGGGUUGUAAAAGAAGAGACUCUUGUCAACGAAGCCCGCUGAGCGUGCUGUUUGAAGCGGAUGACAGCUCACAGAAGAAGCAUACUGGACUACAUUUUCCACUGAUGUGCAAUGGCUCCUGAGUUGAGCAGUCUCGUCUUCAGUUCCUCAUAACGUUUCGGCAAGUCUCAGGAAACGCUGGGGUGGUUUGAGCUCUACACUGCUGCAGCAGGGAUGAUUACAUCCCAUAUAAACGGUUAUGUGCAAGAGGCCUCAGGCCAGUCCAAGAACCACAGGGAGAGGGCUGUGGAUUGUCCAGGAGAGGAAAGUAGAUUUGUCAAAUCUCCACACUGCUCUGCCCAAAUGGAGAGGAUCCAGCAUUACCAGGAGGAGCUGAGGAAAAGGAGAGAAGAGGACAGCAGGGGGAAGCAUGACAUCGACCCCAAUGCUUCUCUGAGGCUUAAGAAGUUGUCACAGAACCCAAAAGUGGGCAUUGACAAUCCUACCUUCGAGGGGAAGGAAAAGUCCAUCAAAGACGCAUGCACUCUGGAUCGUGUAGUUGAUUUGGGAGAGUUGUUGCAGGCUCUGAAGUGGGUGCAACUCUGCCUGGCUGAUGCUCAGAGCCAGCAAGAUGUGGAGCUGAUUAUGCAGCUUCUUACCAAGGAGGACUUCAAGAAUGCCUACACAAUCUACAGCAUUGUGUCUCAGCAGAUGAGCAGAGUCAGUCCCACCUCACCCCUCACGGCACAAGCACAGGACCUCUGCCAGGAAGUACAGAAGAUUCUUCAGUCCAGCCAGCAGAAGGAAGGUUUGGAGCUUAAAGCACUGCUCACCAAUCCUCAUCUUCAGUGUUUCUGUCCAUUAUGCGUUUGUAAAUUUCUGUAUGUGUACACUGUUUGUCUACACCUAUGUGUAUGUCUUGUGUGUGUGUUCUCGUGGCAGGCUCUGAUGCAGGCCCAUGACAGUGUGGCAGUGCAGGAGAUGGCAGAAGAAAGUGUGACUCAAUACUUCGGAGAGACUGUUAAAUUAGUGCGACUGGAGAAGACCAGAGACACUCCACUGGGUGCAACUGUACGUAAUGACAUGGACAGUGUGGUGGUGAGUCGUGUGGUGAAAGGAGGAGCAGCAGAGCGGAGUGGCCUCCUCAGUGAAGGAGAUGAGAUCCUGGAGAUCAACGGGAUUUCGAUUCGUGGAAAACAUAUCAAUGAAGUCCAUGACUUGCUGCAACAAAUGCAGGGCACUCUGACCUUCCUUCUCAUCCCAAGUUCUCAGAUUAAACCAGCCCCGUACAGACAGACUGUGAUGCACGUCCGAGCUUACUUUGACUACGACCCCUCUGAUGACCCGUUUGUGCCAUGUCGAGAGCUAGGCCUGUCCUUCCAGAAGGGAGACAUACUCCAUGUCAUCAGCCAGGAUGACCCCAAUUGGUGGCAGGCCUACAGGGACGGAGAUGAGGACAACCAGCCCCUAGCUGGACUCAUUCCAGGUAAAAGCUUCCAGCAGCAAAGAGAGACCUUAAAGAAAGCUUUAACAGACAGAAGUCGAGAGCAGCAAGGGAAGCAUUGGUAUGCAAAGAAGAGCAAGAAACAAAGGAAGAAGAGCACAUCAAACUUGAACAAAAAUACUGACAAUGAUGACAUCCUGACCUAUGAGGAGAUGUCCCUUUACCACCAGCCUGCCAAUCGCAAACGCCCCAUAGCCCUGAUUGGCCCCACAAACAGUGGUCACGAUGAGCUGCGUCGGAGGCUUCUGUCCUUUGAACCAGAGAAGUUUGCUGUUGCUGUUCCACACACAACCAGAAACCCAAGGACAAAUGAGUGGAAUGGGCGUGAAUAUCAUUUUGUAAGUCGUCCUGCCUUCGAAACCGACUUGGCGGCUGCGAAAUUCAUUGAAUCUGGGGAGUAUGAGAAGAACUUGUACGGCACCAGCACAGACUCUGUACGACACAUCAUCAACUCUGGACGCAUCUGUUUGCUUUGCCUACACACAAGGUCGCUGCAGGUGUUGAGGUCGUCCAACCUCAAGCCGUAUGUCAUCUUCAUCGCUCCGGCUUCUCAGGAACAACUACGCACCCUGCUGGCCACAGAUGGAAAAUCACCAAAGCCAGAGGAGCUGAAGGAGGUCAUCGAAAAGGCUCGUGAAAUGGAGCACAGUUUUGGUCACUUCUUUGAUGCAACUAUUGUGAACACGGAUCCAGACCAGGCUUUUCAAGAGCUACGCAGGGUGAUAGAUAAACUGGACACAGAGCCACAGUGGGUGCCCACCUCCUGGCUCUGCUAGACGUCACCGAGUGGCGGCACAAGGGCUUUCAGAAACGGGUCAACUGAAGAACAAAACCGGAUGUUCCAAGAAACAGACAGUGGUAAAUCGUCACUGGAUUUUCACUUGCACAUUCUCCUCGUUUGUAGAGGAGUCGAUUGUUACUCAUGUUGUGGAAACGGACUCAAGUUUCUUUCUUUCUUUUUUUUUUUUUUUUGGUGUGUGUCUUUGUGGGUUAUUUUUGUUGUUUCGAUUCCUGAAUGUCUUUAUUUCAGCUUUAUGCAAAAUAUUUGAUCAUACAAAUAGAAAUAUUUCUACUCUGUUCUUAAUAGUAAUUUAUAAUUGUAAAUAUAUAUUUCCUAGAUGAAAGGAUGCAAUAAUUUAUUGUUACAUUUUGUGUGUGAUACCUACAAUGGCACACUCAACUCAGUGUUAAUGUUACAGUUUUUAAUGGCUUCCUGAGAAAAGGCUUCAAGCCAAAACCGCAUGAGGUACCAAACGGAGGAGAUGUGCCUAAAUGGAUGCAGCAUUGUCUUCCAUGCAGGAAUACAGGAAAGAAAUCUGUUGUAACCUGCAGUUUUCAGGUACUUCCUUCACACCAACAUCAGAGUUAUUAUAUGUUGUGUCUCAUUUUAUGCUAUGAAUACAAACCCGUUGCUAGCUGGUUGUCACUACUAUCAGUAUGUAAUGCUGCAAAGUACUGCUGAGAUUGUUUGAACAAUGCAUCAUAUCACUUAUAGUGUAGUCCAACAAAUACUGUAUUGUUUCUUUGCAAAGUGUUUUCAAAUCCAGGACAAUUUUGUUAAUAAAAUCAUGUGAACAAGUGA